AUGGACUUAGGAACCAUAGCUGCGAGUCUAGCCGGCACCGCAGUGGCAGCGGCCUAUUUAGAUGCCAAAUGGCACAUUACCAAAGAUGUACAAUAUAUGUGGAGAGUGAAAGCAGCUGAAAGGGCAGCAGCGCAAGAAGAGCGAAAAGGACAGAUCUGUCCCUUCUAUGAGUUCGAGAGGAAUGUUCGAAAAUACCCAGAUCAUCUCGCGAUCUGGUCGCAUACAGGGGUCUAUACAUUUCAGGAGCUCUAUGAGCACGUCUGCCAGUAUGCGAACUAUUUUUACGAGCUAGGUAUUCAACGUGGGCAGUUGGUCGCUUUCUACCUGACAAAUAGCCCUGAAUUUAUCAUGGCAUGGUUUGCGCUUUUGAGUAUUGGUAGCGCACCGGCAGCCAUUAACUACCAUCUCACUGGUGAUGCGCUUGUUCAUUGUUUGAGGAUUUGCGGUGUCAAUAUUCUCUUUGUGGAUGAAGACGUGGAAUGUCAGGGCCGAAUUGAUGCUAGUCGCUCAACUAUCGAAGGCAAGCUGGGGAUGAAGAUCCUCUCCCUGGAUAAAAGUUUAAAAUUACACAUCGCGACCUUCCCUAAUUCUACACCACAUGAACACCUGCGACGGAAUCUACCAGGAGAUACGCCUUUUGUUCUCUUAUAUACAUCUGGUACGACUGGAAUGCCAAAGGCGUACCCAUUCUCUCAGCGACGAUUCUACCCAGAUAUCAGGAUAUACCAAUUUCUCAAUCUCCAGUCGCAACCUGGGCCAAAGGGAGACUGCUGGUACAACUGUAUGCCACUCUAUCAUGGGACCGGAGGCUUUAUGACGAUGGUAGCUCUGUGCAGCGGCACAUCCGUCGCGAUCGCAAAGCGGUUCAGCGCGACCAGCUUCUGGAAAGAUAUCCAUGACUCCAAUGCUACCUGGUUUGUCUACGUCGGUGAGGUGGUGCGAUACUUACUUAAUCAACCAGCAUCGCCUUACGAUCGUGAUCACAGACUGCGAGGCAUGUAUGGAAAUGGCCUUCGGCUGGAUGUAUGGGAGAGAUUCCGGGAACGUUUCAAUGUCCCAGACAUCGUCGAGUUCUUCGGAAGUUCAGAAGGUAUGUUUUACAGGGCGAACAUGAAUCGGGGCCCAUACACCAGAGGAGCGGUAGGGCUUGAUGGCCUUCUUACACGUCGCCGGCUGAAUCGUACUUUGGUCCCUAUUGUCGUCGACCAUGACUCAGGAAACAUCGUUCGCGAUCCGAAGACCGGACUAGCUAAAACAGCAUCAUACGUGGAGGGUGGGGAGAUAGUCGUCGCGGCCCCCAACAAGACAGCAUGGAAGGGGUACUGGCAAAACGCUGGUGCAACCGAUAAGAAAUUCGCGCGCGAUAUUUUGAAAAAGGGUGAUCUGUUUUACCGUACAGGCGACGCGUUGCGCCGAACCCCAGAUGGCAGAUGGUACUUCAUGGACCGACUCGGUGAUACGUUCCGGUGGAAGAGCGAGAAUGUGUCCACCACUGAAGUGGCGGAAGCGCUCUCCCAGUUCCCAGGAGUGGUGGAAGCGAAUGUUUAUGGGGUGCUGGUUCCCCAUCAUGAAGGUCGUGCCGGCUGUGCAGCUCUCCAGAUGUCAGAGAGGAUUGAUGUCGACAUGAUGGAACUGGCUCGUUUCGCUCGGUCCAAGCUUCCUCGCUAUGCUGUUCCUGCUUUUAUACGGUUUGUUAGGACGCCUAGUCAUAUCCAUAACUAUAAGCAGAACAAGGUUCCGUUGCGCGAGGAGGGAGUUGAUCCACGUAGAAAGGGAUCUCUACUAGAGGGUGGUGCACAUGAUAGAGUUUUCUACCUGUCACCGGGCUCCAGGGCAUAUGUUGAAUUUGGGCAGAGGGAAUGGGAUGAUUUGGUUGCUGAGCGAGUGAGACUGUGA